UCUGCGGGUCAGUGACGUCAUAAAGCAGGGACCCCCGUAUAGGCAUCACCCACCCACUACAGCGGAGGAGGAGGACGGAUCCAGUCCAGGGGCUCUAGGUUGGUGACUCACAAUGCCUCUCCCACUCACCCUACAAGCACGACUGGCAAAAAGAGGGAUCCUGAAGCAUGUUGAAGCAGAGCCGGCAGAAGAAGUCAUCGCUGAGGACUAUGACGAUGACCACGUGGAUUACGAGGGUACUCGUAUAGAAAAUCUUCCCCCCAACUGGUACAAAGUGUUUGACCCAAUAUGCGGCCUCCCCUAUUAUUGGAACGUGGAGACGGAGGUGGUGUCGUGGUUAUCCCCACAUGAUCCUAAUGCGGUGAUCACCAAAACUUCCAAGCAUAAAGACGUAGAGGAGAAGCCGGAGAAGGUGGAGAGAAUAGAGCGGGAAGAAGUAAAAGAGAGGAGACAUAUUCGGCGUGAUGAAGUGGCGCCUUAUCCUAAAUCCAAAAAAGGGCGGAAGGACGAGGAGAUUGAUCCGAUGGACCCGAGUGCUUAUUCCGAUGCUCCAAGGGGUACUUGGUCGACUGGCCUGCCGAAAAGAAACGAGGCCAAGACUGGCGCGGACACGACAGCGGCAGGACCCCUUUUUCAGCAGAGACCGUACCCCAGCCCCGGUGCCGUGCUGAGGGCCAACGCGGAGGCCUCCCGCACCAAACAGUUGGAAUAGGAACACCUGACGCCCCCUCCCCCUGCUCUCUAUUUAAACUGUGCACAAUGUGCUCCGCCUCUGUGUAUGUGGAAUAUCUGUGUGAAAUAAAAUGUUUUUUUAGGAA